ACUCCUACCUCCCAUGGCAAUUCCAAAAUACAAAACCGCUUUCAGGAAAUGAGAAGUACUUGAUGCAUGUGUUAUGCAGAAUGUCAUCUUUCUCUUCUCAGGUUACUUGAGGCUGUUACUGAGCCAGUGAGGCUGGUCAAAUAAGGUUAAUAUAUACCCUUUUACCUUUUGAUUGGUGCAAGCUUAGCGUUGUUUUCUUUCGCUUUACGACUGUGUGAAGCAAAGCCGACAUGCACAGACCUGAGCAAAGGGAGUACUGCCUUUCAGCCUGGGAUUGUGGACUGUCUUAACAGCCAACAGUUUACUGCCAGUGAACAUAGAGGUGGCUGUGUCCAUUUGACUCUGUAUGCAUGCACGUGCACCCACCCUAAAAUAAAAACACACGCCAGUUUGGUUUGUGGCAUGUGCGACAUAAACACCUAUUUUUCAUAGAUGUGUUUGUGUAUGUUGGACGGAACGCUGCUGGGGAACUAAUUAAAGUCAUGACAGCAAUGGAAUAACUGUGAACUUUCAUUUCUUAGUUUAGUAAAUAUACCACUAGACAUUUACCUUAGUCAUGUCUAGAGCCGAUGCUUUGCAUAAUUUAAGUCUCUUUUUUCUUGACCCCAAGCAUAACAUUAUUAUAUGUCAUAAAAGGCACCCCAUUCAGAGUAAGAAUCUUUGAUUUAUUUAAUCUCUCUGAGGAGCUAUACACUGGAGAACAGGAAACAAGAUAAUAUGUCAGUGUGUGCAUAUGGGUGUCAACUAUGCAAACAUAACUGUUAAGGAACGUUUUUUAUCAGCUCUACACCUGCCAUUGACAGACACCAUGUCACCUGCGCUGCAAUGCAUGAGUUAUUUAAGUGAGGAAUUUGAAAUAAAGUAAUAAAGUAUGUGCUCAAUCAUAUUUACGCUAUGUCUUUUACAUUAAAAAACCAUUGACUCAACUGUGAUGAGGCAACAUUUUGACAGUUGGGAGAGAAAUUGCACACAGACUGGGUAAGAAUGCAGCUCCUAUAGAUGUACAUGGAGCAAUGAAGCUGUGGGUGUGUUUAGUUUCUUUUGAGCACACAAAGUCUUUGACUGGAAGCAGAAGAGGAUCUAGGUUGCAGGCAGCAGGAUUUGACAAGCGGCUUAUUUCCUGUCAUUGACUGCGGGUCACAAGGCGAGUGCGUGGGCUAGAGAUAGUGGAAUGCAUUAAAGGGGUGAGGCUCUUGACAUCAGACACAGUCAUACACAGCCUUACUUGCAACUUAAAGGGGUACACAACAAUAUAGACAUGUUUGCUUUGGGAUAAACACAAACACACACACACACACAAUGUUUUGAAUGAUGUUGAAAGUUCGGGGUGGCUCUCUUUGAAAAGAUUUGCAUUGACCACGUGCCCGCGUCAAACACUUGGUUCGUGAAGUCAAGGUGCUAUAGGCGACAACAGUCAGAUCCAGAGAGAGAUAGGAGGGUUCAACAGUGCAGCAGUAAAAGAAAAAAGAAAAAGUGCCGUUCACAUGUGAGCAUGAGGGAAAAACAUGCGCCUUCAUCCACCCACACACAGGCACGCACACACACUGUGCAGCGUGUGUGUCCAACAUUCUGUUUCCCAGUGUUAUAAAUCUUUGUGUGUGAAUGAAACUCUGUCAUCCAAUCAAAUCACUCAGAGGCCAUGCAGAAAUCCCCGCCCCUUUUCUUUGCUUCCUCAAUGCUCCACUUAACCCCACUCUCUCUCUGUCUCUUGUUCUCCACCAGCCAUAGGCUAACAUGUUCUACAUAUAAUAAUUUCAAGUUGUCAUUCAAGGAGAGACAUCCUCCUAUGAACAACCUCGAAGGCACAACUGUACGUGACCUCUUCUCAUUUUAGUUGCACAGUAAUGGAUUGCAUGUGUGCUUGCUAGCUUUUCCUAUGAAUUUUUUAGCAUAACUUGAUCUGGUGUGACAUAAGUGACUGUCACAGAUUUGUUCUUCCUGCACUUUGACACUCUUACUGAUGAAAUAGGAGGACCUUUCACUUUUUAGUUGAUUUAUAUAUUUUAUUCCACAUUUUAAUGGAUUGAGACAGAAAUAUGAAUGAGAGCCCAAAUAUAUAUCACAGUAGGCCACUGACACCCUAUGUGGCCCCACUGUAAUGACUGCUACACACACACACACACACACACACACACACACACACACACACACACACACACACACACACACACACACACACACACACACACACACACACACACACACACACACACACACACACACACACACACACACACACGUUUGCCAAUAGUGUGGCCUUGAUCUGGGCUGGUGUGCUGUGUCUGCUCUGAGUGUCUACAGCUGGAGACCAAGGCUCCAAGAGGAGAGGAGGAAUGAAAGAGCAGGAGAAGAAGGAUCAACAUUAGAAGGAGAAGAAGAAGAUGGAGGAGCAACAAGAAUAAGGAGAAAAAGAUAAUAUGAUGAGCUGCAAGAGUUGGAGUCAGCGGAAGGCAGUCCAGAGACUUAAAGGUGGACCUCUUCUUCCUCCUCCUGGUGUCACAUGGGGAGGGACCUGGCUGCAUGCAGGCUAAAGCUAGCUCCUCUCAUUUCCCUGGCAAAUGUUGUCACCACAACCAGUCACAUUUCCCUCCUCCUCCUCAUCCUCCUCCACCUUUUUAUUUCACUUCUCUCCUCCUUCCUACAUCCCUCCCUCCCUCUCUGCCUGUCAGAAGUCACACAUAUUCCCAGAGGAUAAGAUGCCAUGGAGGCCACAGGAAGAUCAGCGCUUUAUGUCUGCUGUGUUCUCCUCAUCCUAACAGAAGUCAGCUCUGAGUUGAUCCACAUCCCUUCCUUGGUCCAUCAUGGGAUUGAAGGGAAAUCCAUGCUCCUGUCUGUUGAGACUCGCUAUCCGCUGGAGGAUGUUGAGAUCCAGGGAACUUGGUCCCACACCAGGCCGAGCAGCACCAGAACCACAUUGGUAACAUUUACCAAAGAGGCCACAAUCAUCAACAUGAUGUACCGCAACCACCUCCUCUUUAAGGAACCCAAUGUUUCUUUAAUAAUCCGGGAAUUAAACCAUGAGGACGAGGGGGAUUACCACCUGAACCUCAACAUACAGUUUAAUAACCAGACGGGACUGGUGAUCAAGGAGGAGAGAACUGUGCAUGUCACAGUGGACGUCCCUGUGUCCAGUCCCGUCAUUCAGAAGAGCCCCUCUUAUGCAGUUGUUGAGGACAAGGCUAACGCAACUUUGACUUGUUCUGUCGAGAGAGGAACAAGAGUUGUGUUCCAGUGGCUGAGAGACAACCAAACACUUGGUGCCAGUAACAGAUACCACUUUACUCAAGACAACUCUACAUUGUUUAUCAGUACUGUGAGAAAAGAGGAUAAAGGAACUUACCACUGUGUGGCCAGCAACGCUGUGAGCCAGGGUCUGCACAGCAGGGCCGUGGACCUCAAUGUCUAUUAUGGUCCCUACAACCUGGAGGUGAACUCAGACCAGGGACUGCGGACAGGGGAAGUGUUCACCAUCAACCCCGGAGAGCUGGUCUUCUUUGAAUGCCAGGCUGACUCCAACCCACCCAACAGCUACGUUUGGAUCUCUAAGAGCCGCAAUGCCACCCAGGUUAUCUAUGAGGGCCCGCGGCUGGAGGUGCGCUCCUAUAAAUUGGCCCAGGCUGAAGAGUACCUGUGCCGCGCCUUCAACAACGUGACGCAGAAGCAGGACGAGACCCAGUUCACUCUGGUGGUGGCCAAAUACCUAGCAGGGAAAGAGAAGCAUAUCCAAGAAGGAAGCAAUUUUCCCCCUUUUGCAGCCGUCGUCGUUAGCUCUUUGUUCAUCAUCAGCUGCAUGCUGCUGUUCUUCCUCAAGAGAACCUGCAGUCCUAAGAGAGUUCUCAUGAGCAUAUACAACAGACCGCUUUCAGAGCAGAAACGACCACAUCGUUCAGGACAUGAAGAUGCAACAGAAGACUUUGGCAUCUACGAGUUUGUCUCUGUACCUGGGAAAAUGGAAUCUGCACAGGCCUCGUGCAGAUCUCUGGCUCGCCUUGAGUCCGUUCAGGAUAUGCACACCACCAUCUACGAUGUGAUCAGACACGUUCCUGAAACACCCAGUCACAGUUUGCUGGAAUAAGCAGCAGUUGAUACGAAACUCAUUUCACUUGAAGACUUAUCGUGUAGCUUUAUUCUCUGUUAUCAAAGCCUGAAACUCCGGUUUUGGUGGCAGGUUGUUUUGCACAAGGGAUGAAGGAGACUUGUGUCAAUACACAACUUGAUCAUGCACUGUUUCUGUCCAGAGUUUGGGACAGAAGUUAAAUGACUUUUGCUGACAUUAUUGUGAGAUGUAUAGUGUAAGUAUGCCUUGAAAUUAUGUCUUUUUUAUGUGAAAGUAUAACUGAAGUUUGAACUGUUUUUUAUUCAAAAUUGAAUAUACUUAAGUCAUAUUAAGCCAAGCGAGUUAGUUGAAUAUCUUCAGAGGUACCUCCAAGGUACCCAAACUAUUUAUAUGUUUAAUUUAUAAAUACUAAGGUUUUAUUUGUCAUUUCAAUAAUAUCUUCCUAAUUUAAUAUCCCAAUGAGAGUGUUAUAAUGAAUGCAUUUUCUUGUUUGAAAUAUAUUAAGGUUUUGUAAAUAUUGUACAUGGAUUAUCCUGCAGAUUCUUUAUACAUAUUAUUAUAUUUGCUCCAAUCUAUUUAUUCCCAUAGAAAGACUUAACCCUGUUUCCACAAUGUAGCAUUUUUCGGCUCAACCUGGAUAUAUUGAAAAUGCUGACUCAAGGAAAAGAAUGAAUGAUCCAUAAAUUAUUGUACAGUUUGCAUUCACAUGUUGUUUUGUACUUUAUUAAAUAUCUAAUGGUUAA